GUGAGAAACUGUGACACAGCCUGAGUGUGUGUCUCAGACUGAAGUUACAGGACGUGACACUGUCGCAGGUUCCCUUCGAAAGUUGUUUUUUUUAUAUCACAUUUCUGUGUCUGUACUCCAGUUCCUAUCCUCAUCAUCACCAUCAUCACCGUGUCGUCCUCUGCACCAUGAAGACAUUGACUGUGUCUGCGCUCGUCUGUGCCGUGGUGGCCCUGACCGCAGCUACUGUUCUUCCAGCAGCAGUGGACAAGACUAAUCAGACAGCAAAGAUUCUCCUGGUCAAGAGGUCAGCGAGUUGUUACGGAGGUUGGACUUCUCUCCAUGAUCGCUGUUACCACUACGUUCCGAAACCUAUGACCUGGGCUAGAGCUGAGAAACACUGUGAGUCCAUCGGUGGAAACCUGGCAUCUAUCCGCAACAUCAUGGAGUAUCAUGACAUUCAGAGUCUGAUCAUGAAAAGCAGCUAUGAGUAUAAGGAAGCAUGGGUGGGAGGCUCCGACGCACAGGAGAACAAUCAGUGGUUGUGGAGUGACGGCACACCUUUUCACUACGUGAACUGGUGCCCUGGAGAGCCUAAUAACUACGGUGGCAAACAGCACUGCUUACAAAUGAAUCACGGGGCUGAGAAAUGUUGGGAUGACUAUGGGUGCAAUGCAAGGAAACCGUCUGUCUGUUCCAAGAAAGGCUAACGACACACAGACAGACACACAGACACACAGAGGAGUCCGUCAUCAGUCUCAUAUAUAAUAUAACCAGCAGCUCUCUAUCUCUUCUUUCACAUCCUUACUUUUCUUCUGUUGCUAAUUCAGUGCGACUCAAAUUGACAGCAACAUAAAUGGAAGCUGGGCUUGGGAAGAUAAACUGUUAUUGGCACAGAUGUCCGUCUUUUCUUCUGCAAACUGAUCUUGAUGCAAAAAUAAAAGGCUGAAGCAUUGAAA